AUGGAAAAAGACGAUGAUGAGAUGAGGGGCGAAAUAGAGGAGCGACUGGUGAACGAGGAGUACAAGAUUUGGAAGAAGAACACCCCUUUUCUGUACGAUCUGGUUGUCACCCACGCGCUCGAGUGGCCGUCGCUUACCGUCGAGUGGCUGCCCGACCGUGAGGAGCCGCCAGGCAAGGAAUGCUCGGUCCAGAAGAUGAUUCUCGGGACCCACACGUCGGAGAACGAGCCCAAUUACCUGAUGCUCGCGCAGGUUCAGUUGCCCCUCGUGGACGCCGAGAGUGAUGCGCGCCAGUACGAUGACAACCGCUCUCAGUACGGUGGAUUUGGUUCCGCGAGUUCCACUUUUGGACAUAAUUGUGUAAGAGGUUUNCGUUACAUGCCUCAAAACCAGUUCAUAAUCGCCACAAAGACAGUCAGUUCUGAAGUUUACGUUUUCGAUUACAGCAAACACCCGUCUAAGCCUCCUCUGGACGGUGCAUGUAAUCCUGAUCUGAGACUAAGGGGUCACAAUUCUGAAGGGUAUGGUUUGUCUUGGAGUCACUUCAAGCAGGGUCAUUUGUUGAGUGGCUCUGAUGAUGCCCAAAUAUGCUUGUGGGACGUAAAUGCAACUCCAAAAAAUAAGUCUCUAGAUGCCAUGCACAUAUUUAAGAUUCAUGAAGGUGUUGUUGAGGAUGUAGCAUGGCAUCUAAGGCAUGAGUACUUGUUUGGUUCUGUUGGAGAUGAUCAGUAUCUGCAUGUGUGGGACCUUCGAACUCCAUCAGUCAGCAAGCCAAUGCAAUCUGUGGUUGCCCAUCAAAGUGAGGUGAACUGUUUGGCCUUCAAUCCAUUCAACGAGUGGGUGAUAGCAACAGGAUCUACUGACAAGACCGUAAAAUUAUUUGACAUGCGGAAGAUUUCUACUGCUCUUCACACCUUUGAGUGUCACAAGGAGGAGGUUUUCCAGGUCGGUUGGAGUCCAAAGAACGAGACCAUCUUAGCUUCGUGUUGUCUUGGUCGUAGGCUCAUGAUUUGGGACCUUAGCAGGAUUGAUGAAGAACAAACACAAGAGGAUGCUGAGGAUGGACCACCCGAGUUGUUAUUUAUUCACGGUGGUCAUACAAGCAAAGUUUCGGAUUUUUCAUGGAAUCCUUGUGAAGAUUGGGUUAUUGCCAGCGUGGCCGAGGAUAAUAUACUCCAAAUAUGGCAGAUGGCUGAGAAUAUCUACCAUGAUGAGGAUGAUCUACCUGGAAAAGAUAUAACAAACAAAGGUUCUUAGAUUUCGGGUUCUCAUAUGAGCCAAAAGAGUUUUUUAAGGUAGAUGAUCAAGGAUUUAGGUUGAUUUUGCUCUUGAAAACUAGUGUUCUUUUUU